CCUUCUCCAGACAGAGAGCCACUCCACCAGAGAGUGGACACAUACCUACGUCCAAGGAGUCAGGGCUGAGAUGGAAGGGACCCAAAAGAGUAUGCUUUGCAUGAGAGUCCUGCCUGGGAGCCUGAAGCACCUGCCAUAACAGACCUUCAAGAGCCACCUGGUGAUUCUUUCUUCAACCUCUUUCUCUGUGUGAAUAGCUUCUUCAACAUGAGCUACAAUAUCUACUUGGCCUUUGUGUGCCUGAGUCUCCUCGCUCAAAGGACAUGCAUCCGGGGGAACCAGUUCAAUGUGGAGGUCAGCAGAAGUGACAAGCUUUCCUUGCCUGGCUUUGAGAACCUCACUGCAGGAUAUAACAAAUUUCUCAGGCCCAAUUUUGGUGGUGACCCAGUUCGUAUAGCACUGACUCUGGACAUUGCAAGCAUCUCUAGCAUUUCAGAGAGUAACAUGGACUACACAGCCACCAUAUACCUCCGGCAGCGCUGGACAGACCCACGGCUGGUGUUCGAAGGCAACAAGAGCUUUACUCUAGAUGCUCGUCUCGUGGAGUUCCUCUGGGUACCGGACACUUACAUUGUGGAGUCCAAGAAGUCCUUCCUCCAUGAAGUCACGGUAGGAAACAGGCUCAUCCGACUCUUCUCCAAUGGCACAGUCUUGUACGCACUCAGAAUCACAACAACUGUUACAUGUAACAUGGACCUAUCUAAAUACCCUAUGGACACACAGACCUGCAAGUUGCAGCUAGAGAGCUGGGGAUACGACGGCAAUGAUGUGGAGUUCACCUGGCUGAGAGGAAAUGAUUCUGUACGUGGGCUUGAAAGCCUGCGCCUUGCUCAGUAUACCAUCCAACAGUAUUUCACCUUGGUCACCGUAUCCCAGCAGGAAACAGGAAACUAUACGCGAUUGGUUUUACAAUUUGAGCUUCGGAGGAAUGUUCUGUAUUUCAUUCUGGAAACCUAUGUUCCUUCCACUUUCCUGGUGGUGUUAUCCUGGGUUUCAUUUUGGAUCUCCCUCGAUUCGGUUCCUGCGAGGACCUGCAUUGGAGUGACAACUGUGUUAUCCAUGACCACAUUGAUGAUCGGGUCCCGCACAUCCCUACCCAACACCAACUGCUUCAUAAAGGCCAUCGAUGUGUACCUGGGGAUCUGCUUUAGCUUCGUGUUUGGGGCCUUACUGGAGUAUGCUGUUGCUCACUACAGCUCCUUACAGCAGAUGGCAGUCAAAGAUAGGGGGACAGCGAAGGAAUCAGAAGAUGUCAAAAUCACUAAUAUCAUCAACAGCUCAAUCUCCAGCUUUAAACGAAAGAUCAGCUUUGCCAGCAUUGAAAUUUCUGGUGACAAUGUCAACUAUAGUGACUUGACAAUGAAAGCCAGUGACAAGUUCAAGUUUGUCUUCCGAGAAAAGAUUGGCAGAAUUGUUGAUUAUUUCACAAUUCAAAAUCCAAGCAAUGUGGAUCGAUAUUCCAAACUACUAUUUCCUUUGAUUUUUAUGUUAGCCAAUGUAUUUUACUGGGCAUACUACAUGUAUUUUUGAGAUGACAUUGAAAUUUUGCAUGCCAUGUUUUCAAUAGAAUAACAUUAUAAUGUUAAAGAUAUUCUAGGAUAUGUGUACGCACUUUAGCCCAGAAAUCUACAAAUGGGCUAAAGUAAUGGUUAUUCUAAGAUGUGUAGACAUCCUAGUAUGACAGGGUUCUAUAAUGGAAUCACUAUGAAGUGACCUUUUUCUUCUUAAAUAUUGGACAGACAUCCCCACAGAACUCAAGAUCACAAACCUACUCAGGGCUCUUUGCUCUCUAGGUCCCUGGUUUGCAUUCACUGCAUAAAAAUAUGUAUUAAAGGGUUUAUUUUCUAGAGAAUUCAUAGUGGCAUUUACCAAAUCUCUGCAAUGCUUGUAAGAUGAAUGUGUGCCAAUUUAGGGAACAACAUUUUCUAAUUUUUGUUCUUCCUUGAAAUGAAAUGCAGGUUCAUGUCAGUUCACUGGUGGUCACCACACUGCAUCAACUCAAUACCAGAUAAAUUCUCAGUGUUACUUAUUACCACCAGAGAAUUGUCCCCACAUUCCAGUAAGUCCUAUUAUUGAGAAAUCAAAUGUUAAUGAAUAAAAUUACUGGAUCAAUAAACUAAAAACAUAAAUCCUUUAAUAUGGUUCCCCAGGCUUGAAGGACUCCUGGGAUUUACACCACUGUUACACAUAUCAUAUUAUUUUAUUGUUAUACACGCUUAGUCCUAAACUGUGUGAAAGCUAUUUUCCCACACCAGGGAAACAGGAGGAGGUUCUGAAACCUCUUUUAGGAUUCUUAACACAGAAUGCUGCCAUGAAGACUUGCUGGUUCAAGUCUAUUUUCUAGCCACCUUUACUCACAUACUGGCUAGGUUCCAAGUAGACCAGAAAGUACUCUGUUAAUCUGUCAUUUGUGUUGAUCUCACAAUGGGGAACAUUUUGCCAGUGGCAGGUCCCCUGUAUCCUUCCAGGAGGAGCUUUCAUCCCUAUGCUCCAGUGACCAGGCAGGAGUGACACCUUUAAGAUAAGGAACCAUAUUACCCAGAUACAAGUAGCUUGCCAUGUAUAGAUUCUUUCCCCCCAAUCCUUAUAACUGGACUAAGUUUUUUCUUUGACCAUAUAUCCUUACUUGCAAUGCUCAUUGCAAAGAAUCACUGGUCUGGUUGGAAGCCUCUGGCUUCUGCUACACUAUUGAUGCUGAGCCCUCAUUGGGACUUGUCUUUGGUAUCCUGUUGCUGCCCUGUGUCAUAAAGGUCCUGCAGCUUUGGCUCUUCAGGAUUGGUCCCUUCAUGUACUCCAGCAGAUCACAGAUGGGGUGGAUAUUGGGGUGGGCCAACCCAUAACCUGGUUCUGGACCUAGGUAGGUGCAGGGUUGAUCAUACUGCAAGCUCCUCACCACCCACCACCCACCACCCACCUCACUACCAGGAUGAGCUCUCCAGUAGCUGGACUACUUUAAAUGGCUUAUCCUGAAUGCUCAGGAGACCACUGGCCCUGAGUCUUGAAUGCUCUGAGCAGUGGUAAGGCAUGUUGUACAAUCCACAUGAGUUGUCUUUUCUGAGUUCGGCCAGUGUUACCCUGACCUAGGAACUCUUGUAUUCCUCUCCCUCUGCUCCUUGGGACUCAACUAUGCCUAGUUCCAAUUCAGCCUCAGUUAUUUCAAAGACUCUCACUAUCCUUGGCCCUUUAGCCUCCUUUUCUAAUGAAUGUGUGGCUUUAGCUGUCCUUUCUAAAAUAAACCAGAACUUCAAAUGGUCUGUUUUCACUUCCUGCAUCCAUGGGCUCUCCUCUUUAUCAUGAUGCUUCCCCUUAUGAUUCAGUUUCUAUGCGCUUGAUUGUCUGGCACUUAACAAAUGUUUCUACUUUAAAAACUCUUUGUUCAUUGGAGUAUACUUUGAAGCUAGGUGUAGUUGCACCAUUAGAGUUCUUAGUAAAAUCUCUUUAUAUUUUAUAACUGUCAUACACAUCUUUAAGGGGAGGGGUUAGGAGAUGGGAAAUGUGGUUAAAGGAUUCAACCAUAUUUGUAAUUUUGUUAAUAAAAAUGUUUAAAAUUUACAAGAGGACUCUUGUAAGCUAUUGAAUAAUGACAAUUGUAAAUAUGUGAAAUCAUAAAAUAAAUACAUUAUAUGAGCUACA